CUCACGGUAAGGCUGUAAACAGUCUAUGAGAUGAAGGGACUCUGCUCAGGUACUUGUCUAAACAAACUUGAUAGCAGUAGUUACUCAGCGUUGCGUGACAUUAAAAUGGCGGCCCGAGAAGUCAAAAGAUGAGUUGUCACUUACGUUUUGGCUUGCCCAGUACUUUAGCCACGACUGGUCACGUGGUCUGAGGCAUAAAGUGUGGGCACGUUUGGGGCCGUGGAGGCUUUGGAGAAAGCCGUACAACAACAAGGCAAAGUCUUUGCUACGCCGAAACAGAUCUUGCUCUAGAAAGAAUCAUUCAUUUCAAUGUUUCGGGGCGCUACAGUAAUAACUUUUCGUUUCAAUAGCAAACCUCAAUUAGAGAAUGAUGCUUCUGUUACUUUCAUGCUAUUAUUGUUCAGUUUCCAAAAUCACGCGAAGGGAACUAAACUGUGAGCGAGUGCGAAAAAACAAGAAACGGAAUGUGGAGGGGGAGGGGGGCGUGCUCACUCACACCCCUCCUCACCCCAUUUUUUUCUCACCCCAGGCGUGCUCGUUUGCUCGAUAACUUGCUCGAUCUCCUCGGAAAAUGGUGGAAAGGAAACGGCUGUUACGAAGGGUAGUUUAUUUCAUGUUUCUUUUCUAAUCCUGGUCAGAGUGACCCUGGAAUAUUGAUGCCAAGUGCUAUUACGUCAGAACAUAAUUUAUGCAUUCAACUCUUCUCAACACGGCGAGUACUCUAUUUGGGAUUUUGAAUUUCAACGCUUACACUAGCUUACACUUUGUCACUAUUCAGGACUCUGUAUAUAUAUCUAUAGCGAUGUCCAGUUGUAGUUUCCCAGUUUUUCAAGAACAAGAAGGAGAAUGGACAUCUUCGAAGACUUUUUUAUUGGAAGGAAUUCGAAUUCAUGACUUCUUCACGCCAAAUCCUGCGGCACUGCGCGAUUACAUCGUCAAUUUUCAAACGAGAGGUGAUGAUGUGUUUGUUGUAAGUUAUCCCAAGUCAGGGACGACUUGGCUUCAGGAAAUUCUGUGGCAAGUGUAUAACAAUGGAGAAAAAAGCACAACGAAGAUUUUUGAUCGAGUUCCAAUGUUGGAGCGUGGAACGAGCUCUGAUCGCAUUGACGUCACAGCCUUGCCCAGUCCACGGCUUCUCCAUACUCACCUCACCUAUGACGUCAUCCCUAAAGGAAAGGCUGAAGACACAAAGUGCAAGUACAUUUACGUCAUGCGUAAUCCUAAGGAUGUGGCUGUAUCAUUUUAUGAAUUUUUGAAGCCUAAGGAUUCUACAUCAGUUUCAGGUUUUAAUGGCCCGUGGGAGUUUUUUGCAAGGUUAUUACUAGAAGGAAAAGGUGAGAGUAAUAACGAUGCAUAUCUGUCUAUCUAAUCUUGCAUUUCUCACUGGAGUUCUCGGGUUUAACAAGGUUCCUCACCCACCUUCCCUUCAACGACGCUUCAAUGAUCCUUCAGCUCGCGCUACCGUAAGGCAAAGAUUGCUUGUGACGCGGAUGUCAAUUCAUAAUCAUGACUUACCAUGCCAAAUGUUUUCUUUAGUAAUAUGUUUACAAUAGUCGCCAGCUAGAAUUAGCUCUUAUUAACCGAGCAGGAGGUCUGUAUGGGAGAAUCUUGACCGAGGUC